GUGUUAGCUUGGAGUUUGACAUUAGUGUGAAAAACCCCAGAGUUGUAAAUAGAUUUUGGCAGUGAAGAUGAUGGGUAAAGAAGGCAGCAUGGAGAAUCUAUCUCUUGAGGAUGAUGACAAGUUCACCUCCAUUUCCAAAUCCUACUCUAACUAUCGCAGUGCCAUGACUUGUCUUUCUGAUUCUCACCAUCCUCUUUCCCCGUCGAUCGUCGACGAUUCCCUCGACCCCUUAUUAGCAUCUUCUAUUCAACCAUCCGUCAUUGAUGAUCAUGAUAUUGUUGUUGAACAAUUUCAAAACCCUACAAUAAUCUCCCCUCCUUUAAACUUGGAGUAUUUGAAUAUCACUGUUUCCGAUCCACACAAGGAAAUACAAGCAUCCCCCUCAAUUGUUCCCGGCACUAAUACUUACGUUACCUAUUUAAUUACCACACAAACCAAUUUACCUGAUUAUGGAGGAUCCGAUUUCACCGUUCGAAGGCGCUUUAAAGACAUAGUUACCUUAUCAGACAGAUUGAGUGAAGGUUACAGAGGUUAUUUUAUUCCUCCCAGGCCAGAUAAAAGUAUCGUCGAGAGUCAAGUCAUGCAGAAACAGGAGUUUGUUGAGCAAAGAAGAUUGGCAUUGGAGAAGUACUUGCACAAGCUUGCAGCACAUCCACUCAUUAAGAAGAGUGAUGAAUUGAGGGUCUUUUUGCAAGUCCAUGGGAAACUUCCCUUGCCAACUACCACUGAUGUCGCAUCGAGGGUAUUGGAUGGAGCAGUAAAGUUGCCAAAACAAUUAUUUGGGGAAUCAGGAAAUGUCAUUGGCCCGCAAGAUGUUGUGCACCCUGCUAAAGGUGGUAGGGAUUUGCUCAGGUUGUUCAAAGAAUUGAAGCAAUCUAUUGCCAAUGAUUGGGGUGCCUCCAAGUCAUCUGUUGAUGAGGAGGAUAAGGUUUUCCUGGAAAAUAAAGAAAGGUUGCACAAUCUUGAGCUGCAACUUAGUAAUGCGUCAAAGCAGGCUGAAUCACUUGUUAAAGCUCAGCAAGAUAUGGGGGAUACAAUUGGAGAACUUGGGCUUACAUUUAUUAAGUUGACGAAGUUUGAGAAUGAACGAGCUACUGUGAAUACUCAGAGAGAACGGGCUACUGAUAUGAAAAAUGUGGCUACUGCAGCUGUUAAAGCCAGCAGAUUGUAUCGGGAGUUAAAUUCACAAACAGUGAAGCAUUUGGAUAUUCUACAUGAACACCUGAGUCUAAUGUUGGGUAUACACCAUGCAUUUUCAGACCGAUCAAGUGCUUUAUUGACAGUGCAGACUCUCAUUUCAGAAUUGUCUUCCUUAAAUUCAAGAGCAGAGAAACUUGAAACAGCAACCUCUAAAAUAUUUGGAGGUGAUAAAUCAAGAGUUCGAAAGUUGGAAGAGUUAAAAGAUUCCAUUAGGGUCACUGAAGAUGCCAAAAGCUGUGCCAUCAGAGAAUAUGAGCGCAUUAAGGAAAAUAAUCAAAGUGAGAUAGAUCGAAUAAAUAGAGAAAGGCAUGCUGACUUUGUGAACAUGUUGAAAGGAUUCGUAACUAAUCAGGUGGCUUAUACGGAGAGAAUUGGACAAGAGUGGUCGAAAGUUGCAGAGGAGACCAGUCGUUAUUCAAGAGAGAGUUGACAAAAUGUAUGCUGUAAAAUCAGAUGAUUAGCUUUUUCUUCUUUCAUUUUUGUGUUAAUUGAUUGUACAGUGGGAAAUUAAUACAUUAAAAGACACCUAAAUUUUUGAAAAUUUCCCACUCCCAUGAGUU